AACAAGACCAUGUUCAACUCCAAUAUACCGGCCGCGGCGCUGCUGAGCAUCGAGGGCAGCGGCCCGGGCGCCCACACGCCCAAAACGCCAGAGAUUCUCAAUUCGGUGAUCGCGAUGACAAAUCCCCUGGACAACUUCAACUUCAACGUGUCGAACAACUGCAGCCAGGUGUCCGGGCCCUUUGUCUCCAUACGCAACUUGUGCGGCAACGCCAACGGACAGUCGCACUCGCAGGAUAGCAGUCAUUCCAGUUGCUCGGCAUCGCCGCUCGACUCGCCAGCGGGCGCUGCGACCACGCCCAGUGUGCAACAGACCUGCUCGCAGCUAAUCAAAGCCGGCCUGAAGCUGUCCAUUCAAAGCAAACGCAAGCUGUCCACCUGUGACUCCAGCUCCGGCUCCGAGCAGCCCAACUCGAAGUGUUCGCGCCGCGACGAGGACUGCGAGGAGUCCAGCGAUGAGGACAGCGAAACGAAAUCGGUGCCCAAGGGCCUAACGCCCGAGGACGAGGACCGACGGCGGCGACGACGCGAACGCAACAAAAUCGCUGCCACCAAGUGCCGCAUGAAGAAGCGCGAACGCACCCAGAAUCUGAUCAAGGAGUCCGAGCAGCUGGACACCCAGAACGUGGACCUCAAGAACCAGGUGCGCGCCCUCGAAACGGACCGCCAGCGCCUGCUCGGCAUGCUCAAUCUGCAUACGCCGGGCUGCGUGAAGCGCGGCGGCUGGCAGCUGCCCGCGAAGCUGCUGCAGUCGCCGGCCUACAAGUACCUCGCCGAGCUGAAGCUGGAUGGCCUGCUCAAUGGCGAUGCGAACAGCAGCAGCAGCAGCAGCAACAGCAGCAACAGCGGCACCAGCAGCACGGCCAACACGCCCACCCAACAGCAGCAGCAACAGCAGCAGCAACAGCAGCAGCAGCAGCAGCAGCAGCGCAUGCAGAGCAUACCAUCCAUGUCGACGUUCAAGUUCAACAGCAAAACGCCAGCAGCCAUGGCUGCAGUCGCCGCUGCGCAGGCGCAACAGUUGCAGCAACAGCAGCAGCAGCAGCAGCAACAGUUGCCGAAUGGCUACUGUAAGCCCUCGCCCUCGCCGCAGGAGUUCGAGCAUGCUGGCUACUUGAGCUCACCCACACAGGAGGCGCUCUGCCUGCCCCAGCAGCAGCAGCAACAGUUGCAGCAGCAGCAGCAAGUCUCUCUCAAUCCCGCCAGCAACAGCAGCAGCAAUGCCGACAGCCUGGUGGUCAGCCAGCAGGUCUCCGACUAUGUGCCCAAUUGUGAGGGCUUGAGUCUGGGGCUGGGUCUGUCCGCCGUCGCCGUAGCCAUCACCACGCCCACCAACAGCACCAGCAGCAAUAGCAGUCUUAGCAGCAACAGCAGCAGCAACAACAGCAACAACAACAGCGGCAGCAACAACAGUGCCACAGCAGCAACGGCCGUAACAACGCUACCGCCCGCAACCACGCCCACCAGCGCCAUAGAGUUUGUAAAGAAUGAGCUGGUCGACUCGCAGGGCCCGUAUAUAACGGCGCUGAGCGCCCAGCGCUUCCUGUUCGAACCGGACGGUUUUCCGGACAUCAAGCACGCCGUGAGCGUGCAUCCCACAAGCCUGAACAACAUGACCAGCGUGGCCAGCCUGGCCGCCCACAACAACAACAAUCACCAUUUGAUGGACUUUCACAAUGGGCUGCCCCAUGCCGUGGGCGGAAUCAUGACGCCCUGCUACGAGGACGAGCAGCUGCUGGUGAUGAAGAACAAUUGCUUUCCCAGCGAUCUGCUCUCGCAUCUGCCGGACGAUGAGGCGGACUUUGUUGAUCUAGAUACGGGCUCCGCCAAUUUUAUGACCAAUGGCGGCUGCCUGGCGUGAGAUCGGGCCCAACGGGCUGCCGAUCAUGAGCUGUUGCUGGCGUACGAUCAGGAGCUGCAGCUGGAUGAGCAGCAGCAGCAGCACCAGCGGGAGCAACAACAA